UGCCAUACUAUCUCCACAAAAUUAUGUGUUUAAAAUUAAAAUAACUAAUAUAAAAAUAGAAAUAAUUUUAAACUGAAAAAAAAAAUUAUAAUGCAACUGAUAGAUUAAGUUUUAUAACAAAAUUAUUGCUUCUUGUUGCAAACUCAUAAAUACACUCAAAAAGAAAAUGAAGACUGCAGUGCUCAGCAACCGUCAAGCAAAAUCUUUUACAAGUAUUUAUGAUAUGUUAAUACAACCAUGUUCAAAAGACAAGAAGCAUAUAAAGUGUAAAAAGAAUCCAUCGUACGUGCAAGGAACAGUGGAUGAUUUAAAAAAAAAAAUUUCGUAUGUAGCAUCCAGUUCAAAUAAACAAAAGUACGUCACAAGUGAAAGAUAUCACUAUUUGAAUAAAAAAUCUAGUGAUAAAUAUGUUACUAACUCGACGAGUACAUUUUUUUAUGACCUGGAUGAUUUAGCAAAAAGGCAUUCCUAUAGCGGUACUCGUGAAAUGACCGUGUCAUCAAGCAAUGAAUUUCAAGGUACAAUAAAAAAAUAUGGUAAUGCGAAUGGCUUUGAUAUAAAAUCAGAUGCAAUUGUUCAAGAAUGCGCCACAGAAAUUCAGCCUAAGUUACUAGUCAGAGAUAGUGUUGAACUUAUUUCAAAGAAAGGAAAAAAGAAAUACCCAAGUAACGAUAUACUUUCAUCUGAGAUUUUCCUAAGAGAUCCAAGUAAUACAGGUGAAAAAAUUAAACAUUUUCAAGACACAUUCAAUGAAAAACAGCAAAGGUAUUGGUCUUAUGCAAAGUACAGCACUGAACUUACACCAUUGCCCAAACCCGACGAAAAGAAAAGUAAGAGAAAAGAUCGUGGUAAGCGAAUUGAAAAUCCUUGUCCUUGUCAGCUAUUUUCAUAUGCUUGUCCAUGCACUGAUAAAAAGUCAUUGACAAAAUUAGCUGUUAAUAGUAAGACAUUGCCUGAAGCUGAUCAGAUAUCAAGCAUUAAAUCUUCACAUAAAACAAAACACGAGAAAGAUUUAAAUUGUAUAUCAAAUAACGUAAGUUAUUUGAAAGAAGAUGGAGCAAUACAAAAAUGCGAAGUUGUUGCAAUGACCGGGAAAUCUACAAAAAAUAAUGCACAAAUAACCGAUGAUCAACAAACGUAUAAUACAUUUCUUAAAACUAGUAAUUGUAAAGGAAAACCAUCUAGAAAAGAAAUCACAUGUCCCUAUUGCAGUGCCAAAAUCGACAUAUUGAGUAUUACGGAAGCCGAAGAUGAUAAUUCCAAUAAUAUAACUGUUUAUCCAACAGGCGUAAACACAUGCCCAGCAACGCCUGAUAAGUUUUCGUACGUAAGUAAUUUAAGCGAAAAAAGUAAGCCUAUAAUUACUGAUGGUGAUGUGUGCAAUCAUGAACCACGGUGUGAACUUGUUCCAGUUUGUCAAAUUUUAGCUUCAGAUCAAAAUAAUAUGAGUAAUAAAUCAUCGAGAAAACCAUCAUCCACUAAAAAUAUACUUAAAACUGUUAAAGUCACCAAAGCUUGUAGACAUCACCCGCCGUGCACUGUUGUACCUUCCUGCCAAAGGUUGAACGUUUUAAGAAAUCAUUGUGAAUAUAUUCCUCCCUGUCUUCAUCGCCCUCGAUGUAUAAAUUUACCUUUAUGUGUGCCAUUUUCAAAAACCAUUGAUUAUAAUGAGCUAAUGAGUGAUGCUAUUGCAGAAGAAAACCCCUUAGCCUGUCCACAUGUUUUUGCUUCCCAUAAAUAUGUGCCGAUGUACCAGCAGGACUCCGUCAAAAACAGCAUGGAUGAAAAUAUUUACUCAACUCACCACACUUGUGAUUACCACAGUGAGUGCUCUCCCAGGUAUUUCGUUAAUAAUAAAAUUGCAUGUAAUUCGCCAACAUUUUCGCCGUGUCUUCUUCGAUCUCCAAAUCCUUGUAAUACUUUAGUUAGGUAUAACAAAUCAUGUCAAUAUAUUACACAAAGUAACAAAUGCAACACUCAAAUAUAUGGAAAGGAAAACAUCAGCGAAGAAGCUAUAGUAUAUAUUAGGGAUGUGGGAUGUCAGUUUAGUAACAAAACUAACAAUGGUACAGCGCUUAAAACCAAAACAUCCAAUAGUAUCAGUGACGAUAGCAGAAGGAAGAAAGGGAGCUAUUAUUCUGACUAUCACACAAUGCGGUAUGAGGACAAAUGUACUAAUCCGUCUUUUGCUGAUAUUUCUCAGUCAACUAUGUCGACAACAUCUGUUGAAAUUGAUGACCAUUGCCCAUCGCACGGCUUACAAUUAAGAGGAUUUCAGAAAAAGGAAUUGACUGGAUUUUCACCGAAAAUGUCGCCAGUUAUAGCAAAUUGCGCAGCAAGAUUAGAUCCACUUUUGGGUAUUUGUGUUUCUAAAUAUAACGACAUAAGCAGAACUACUAAGUCACAGAAACGUUUUAAUGCUCAUCCCUCGCAGGGAUCACGGAAGAGUUUCCUGAAAGGUAAAUGUAGAAAGGUGUUUCCCGCGCGCCGAAGAAGGAGUUCUCGAGUCAGCUAUCAAAAUAUUUUCAGCUCAAUGUCAAGAAAGCUAUCUUCCAGUUACAAUUAGUAAAAUUUUUGCCAUGUCUUAAUUUUGACUGUUAAUAAAUUUUGUUAUGUGGAGCUA